AUGGCCGGUAUUGAACUUCCUCCUCACCUGAUGCGUCAGGCCACCCGCACCAACAGCCGCAUUCCCCCCAUGGCUCGUCGCUCCGUCUCGCCCUUUCCCUGUCGCAUGGCUGCUCUCUCCCGCGACAAGCUUCACAAGGAAGCCUCUACAAAAAGCCCUGAUCUGCGCCGAUGCCUUGCUCACCACACUCUCCUCAACCGCUCCAUUGAAGCCGCCCAGCAAGACGUGCGUCGGCGCAUGGCAUCUUUCCACCUCGAUGAAGAAGACGAUGAUGACUUUACCACCUCCUAUCACUCUACACCCAAUGAGGCAACGGCUGUUCCUCUCAUCCGUGUUCAGAUCACCAAUGCUGUGCGGGCUAUGGUCAAGCGUCGUGCCGCCGAUAGCCAACAGAACGAGCACCUGAGUGGGCUGACGCGGGUGUCAUCAAAUGCAGACAAGGCAGGCUCUGCCAGCAGCAGCAGCGGCAGCGGCGGCGGCAUGAAGAGUCUGAAGAGAGUUCCUCGCGUGGUGUUUGGCCGGCGCCGCUGGCCGUUGUACGGAGCGGGACCACUGCAGAGCGGGCUGACUAUCAUUGACCCACGCAGCUCGAUCUCAAUCGCCAAUUGCUGCACGGGCAUCGCUAGUCGCCGAUCAGUCUCACCCAUCCGACCCGCUCCGCCCAAUCAAUCCCCUCACCCUAUCCCAAUCGGGCAAUCCAGCUCUGCAGUUCAAUCUCAGCCGCAUUCCAAACCCACAAUCCCCCCAGCUUAUAAUAAUGUCUCCCAGCCCCCACGCCUGCGUUCUUUUAUCUUCCCGUCUUUUCCUCUCCAGAAGAAAAUCAGAAAACCAGAAAAAAAAAUGCCACAAUGGAUCCCCCCGGCCCAAUUCCUCGCUAUCCAACUCCUAACCGGCACCACUGUCGCCUUCACUCCCGCUAACUCUCCCCUCCGAUCAAUCGCCUCCCUCGUCGUACUCAUCCUCGCCUACUGCAUGCAAAUUAGCGCAAAUGCCCACCUCCACGGCACCCGCUUCGGCGCUCCGCUCGUCGCAAUGUGCUGGAUGAAUGUUCUCAACGGGAUAGAUUUACUGGUUCUCACGCGCGCGGACUACGAUAAACAACUAGCAUACAACACCAAACAGAAAACCUCCGAAGACAAAUCACCACAUGAACCACAAACGAAAUCGCUCAUAGAUAAAUAUCUCUGGUCCCUGAACCUCUCAUUCAACUACCGCCGCAUCAACACCCCCUGGCAAAUCCACGCCCUCACCACAUUCAACAAAACCCCCACUCGGACACAAUUCCUCCUCACCUCCCUCCUCAAACUCACCAUCUCCAUCGCAAUCAUCCAACUAUUCACCCUCGAGACCACCGAUCCGCAUCUCGGCCGCGCAGUGGAUAAAUUACCGGUUCGGCCGGACGAAAUCCUCCUCCCGCCCUGGUAUCACGUUGGCUGGGGGAAAGAUGAUCUUUUCCUCCGGUUCCUCUUCACUCUCUCCUUUGGGAUCGUGGCGCGCGCAUUCAUCGUCACGGGGUAUACCGCUGCCGCGGUGGUGGCUGUAGCAUUGGGCCAGGAGCCGAGAGGUUCUGGGGGUAUGCAUACAUCUUCCUCCCAUUCAUAA